AUGGCCAGGCAGCGGUCGCCGGCGGGGGUGUGGGCCAGCGAGGAUGGUGAGAGCAUGGGCCACUGCCCCUUCUGCCAGCGCCUCUUCAUGGUGCUGCUGCUCAAAGGGGUGCCCUUCACCCUCACCACCGUGGAUACCAAGAGGGCGCUGGACGUGCUGAAGGACUUCGCCCCGGGCGCCCAGCUGCCCGUGCUGCUCUACAACGGCGAGCCCAAGACCGACACUGGCAACAUCGAGGACUUCCUGGAGGAGCAGCUGAGACCUCCUGCGUUCCCCAGCCUCGUCCCACGCUACAAGGAGUCCAGGUUGGCUGGGAACGACAUCUUCCACAAGUUCUCCACCUUCAUCAAGAACCCGGUGCCUGCACAGGAUGAGGUGCUGCAGCGGGGCCUGCUGAAGGCCCUCCUGAAGCUGGACGAGUACCUGAACACCCCCCUGGAGCGCGAGCCGACCUCCAGCCCGCGCCUGCCGGGCUCCCUGCGCCGCUUCCUGGACGGCGACCAGCUCACGUUAGCCGACUGCAACCUGCUGCCCAAGCUCAACAUCGUGCAGGUCGUGUGCCAGCAUUACCGCCGCUUCGGGAUCCCCAAGGACCUGCGGGGCAUCUGGCGCUACCUCAACAACGCCAAGGAAACCAAGGAGUUCAAAUACACGUGCCCCAACGACGAGGAGAUCGUGCAGGCCUAUCGCUCUGUGGUCCGGCCUCCGCAGUGA